AUGGAGAAUCCAGACGACCACACUCCAGGUGCCUCCAAGAGGAGAAAAUUAAACCAGGUUCAGUACUUUCACGACGACUACAGUAUCGGUUGGGUCUGUGCACUACCACUGGAAGCCGCAGCGGCAAAGGCGAUGCUGGACGAUAUCCACCCUACUUUAACUACCCACCCCGCCAAUAUGUACUCCAGCUUUGGGUCAAUACGCCACCUGCUCAUGGUCGGCAUUGGUGGAGGAGUACCUUCCAAGUCAGAGGAUAUCUGGCUAGGCGUUGUACAAUACGACUACGACAAAACCAUCCAGGAGGGGCGAUUCGAGCGAACGGGGACAUUGAACAAGUCAUCAACGGCCCUCCUAACGGCGGUGAGCUGUUUACGAGCGGAAUACUAUUGCAGAGGCAACCAAAUAUCGACCAUCAUGUCGGAGAUGUCAGCGAAACACCCACAAAUGAUACAACUCGUGACCCGGUCAGUUCGUGUUGACAAUCAGCGGAUAGUUCACUACGGCUCGAUAGCCUCCGGAAACCAAGCAAUAAAGCAUGUAAAGACGAGAGAUAGAUUAGCAGCGGAACUAAAGAUUCUAUGUUUCGAGAUGGAAGCGGCUGGGCUAAUGGAUAAAUUCCCCUUGUCUGGUUACCCGUGGAAUCUCUGACUAUUCUGACUCGCAAAAGAACAAGGAGUGGCAGGGCUACGCCGCUGCGACAGCGGCUUCGUAUGCAAAGGAACUCCUUUCUAUCAUCAGCACCAGUGUUAGUCUAUCCAGGUCCGAUGUUGUGGUUGCCUCGGGAGACAAAAACGCAGAGCAACGCAAGC